AUGUUUGUAAUUAUCGGUUUGAUAUUCGUACUUUACGUACUACAUCGCUUGUAUCAACAGCUUUUCCCAUCGUCCGAUAUUGAUCCUCGUGGCAAGUAUGUGCUUAUCAGUGGUUGUGACACGGGCUUCGGCCAUGGAUUGGCCAUUGAACUCGACAAACAAGGCUUCAAUGUAUUGGCCGGUAUCUACAAUCCAGACAAUCAAAUUUCACUUGCCGAUUGUCUCUCAUCACGGGCUACUGUCUUUUGCCUUGACAUUACUCGACGAGCAGACAUCGACGCCGCCUACGAGAUAGUCAAAGACAAAACGAGCACACUUCAUGCACUCGUCAACAACGCUGGCAUUAUCAUGCCAGGCUUCAUCGAUUGGAUCUCCAUAGAAUCAAUACGCAAAACGAUGGAUGUGAACUUUUUCGGACAUGUUGCCAUGACAAAAAAGUUCUUGCCAUUGCUCAUAGCUAAGCGAGAUUCGCGAGUGGUCAACGUCUGUUCAAUGGCCGGCUUCGUCACUUUUCGAGCCUCGAUGAGCUAUUGUGCGUCUAAAUAUGCUUUGGAAUCGUUUUCCGAUUGUCUUCGUCGGGAAAUGAGCGCAUGGAGUUUGCGUGUCAGCAUUAUCGAACCGGGCCCCAUGCAAACUCCACUUUCUGAGGGACAAAAUCGUUUACUAAGCGAUUUGUGGAUCGGACUCUCUAGCGAUGUCAAAGAGCGAUGGGGCGAAGAUUUUACUCGAAAUGAACUUGAACAACUGAACAAUGCUCUCAUCAAACAUAAUGAAAAUCCACAGAAAGUUGUGCAAGCACUUCGACAUGCUGUAACAAACACUGUCCCGCGCAUUCGCUAUCGACCUGGAUGGAUGUCGAAUAUCUUCUUUGUACUUUCCAUGCUUCCCGCAUGGAUGAUCGAUCGGUUAUUGGCCAUGAAUAGUAUUCUUCCUGCCGACGUAUACAAACAGCCAAAGGAGUAG